CCACUACCACACCACUACCACGCCACUACCACACCACUACCACACUACUACUAGUCUACAACUACUACUACCAACUGUCCCUACAAUUAUUUGACUCAUGCUCUAUAAAUAUCACGUGUAGUCUUACCUUCUCAGUUCUAGCUCUUGCACCUCACUUGCACCUCACUUGUUACGACUCUGAUAUUACAUACUCAUAUUCGACACAACAUAAUUCCCCCAUCGAUUUGGACGAUCCUAAGCUUGCCUAGAAUGGGAGUCAUUUGCAGAAAAAGAAAAUACGCGUCGAGCAGUUCGUUCGAAGACUUCGACCCCAUCACUGGUGCAUGCUCCGUCGAGAAAUUUGCUGCAAGCAAGGAUGCCUUUCGAGUUGCGCCUACUCUGAAACUCCCAACCCCGGAGCCCUGCGAUUCGAAGAGGUGCUCGGAGAAGGUCCGAGAUAUCACAGAGAUGCUGUUUGGCGACAUCAUAGAGGCGGCAGAGACGUUUGGGAUUUCAUGCCAGACGAUAGAAGUUUAUCACAUGUGGCAACGAGGUUUGCCUCAAACGGCAAAAGAUACGAUCAUCCUCUCAACGCUUGAUAUAGACACGGCACGAUGGGAGGCAGCCGCUAACCAUAUCCUCGGCAUGGUUGAAGAGGUAGUCGUGGACAUAAAGUUUCGCGUGGAAAUCCGCAAUCCUGAUCUCAUGUAUUCUGACAUAUCUAUGCCAAUUCGAGAUGACGAAGUCUGCAAGAUACUCAAAGAGAUCGCGCCAGCCAUUAAAGCGGAAGUUGAGAGAAGUUGCCCCAACCUAUGGACCAGCAUUGCCUACCAUUCUCGGAGGCGCUAUGAUGUCCACGAUGAUCCUGGCAACGCUACGAUCAUGCUAUUCAUCGAGCCUAAGUCAGUAUCCCUAUGGGGAUUAAUCGAGGAGCGGCUUCAGGAAGCAAUCGAGUCGGUUCAGUCUGCACGCCAGUUUAACAUCUCACUCGAGAUUCUGCCUGGAUUUAAUAUCCCCGCCAUCACGCCCUCUGAACAUAUGCUUAAGGGAUCCGAUAUGUACCACGACGAAAUUCCUGCAUCCCCGGAGAAUGGCGCCUCAAUUGGGCCAAGAUUGAGUACCACGGGAUCGGGGAGCAUAGGUCCUGUCGUUUACUUCAAGGCCCACGACAAGGCAGAGAGGCAGAAGGGCAUAUUGACAUGCCAUCACGUCAUCUCUUCUGGAGAUCCACAAGGGAGACGGAAUAACGACAAGUUUGGAAUUGGCCUUGAUGGGCGCAAGACUAACCGCCGAAUCAACAUCAACUGGCCGUCACGGCAAGAUAUAGACUACACCACACAGCAACUCAAAGAGUAUAUUGCAAGCGGAAAAGAUAAGAGUAACGAGUCAGCAUCGACGCUUGCAUCUAUAACGCAGAGGUUUACGCCGACGAGCAGCAUUGGCCAUGUGGCAUAUUCAUCUGGUAUGCGUCUUAACCAAGAUCAGACUCGGAUGGACUGGGCGUUUAUCGCUUUGAUUUCCCCUGGGCCUGGUGAUGCUAUGGAGAAUAUGCUGCCACCACGGUCGGCGUUUGAUCUCCAGUUUAAAGUCCCAGAUUUUAAGGAUUAUAAGGUGGCGCCAGGAGACAGGAUGUCGAACAUACACGAGCUCAUCCCUAAAUCGUGGGUAGGGAAGAAGGGUCGAACGAGUGGAGCCACGGCUGGUAGGGUUGGGGAGAUGAAGCGCACAGUUCAAUGGCGGAAUGGAAUGGAGUCCGAAGAAUUCGAGGCCUUCAGCCAUAAAUCAGGGCGUGAAUUUGCGCAGCCAGGGGACUCAGGAUCGAUGGUGUUCGAUCUUCAGGGGGGAUGGGUUGGGAUGGUGAUUGGAAUGGAUUCUCGCGAGGAUUGCGGAUAUGUUACGUCGGCUCAUGAGCUUAUUGCGGAUAUCGAGGCGAAGACGAAGGGAAAGAUUACCCUGGGAUAGUUACUAUGGCGGCACAUCGUGCUAAGCGGUUGUGAAAGUCCGCAUAGCUGUUAUGGUUGGCUCGGGAGUUGCGCGUAGUCCGUCUGAACUGCUCAAAAUCCGUCAAAACUACGUCGUAUUUGUAUAAUUCCGU